AUGAAGCUCCGAUUGCAGUUCCUUGACAACAUUAAGCACCUAGCGGGUACCCCUCUGCCCGUAACAGCAAGCAGCUCAGCAUCAUGCCCGCCGGGCCAACUGCCGAAGGGUCUACACGGGAUAGUUCUGCGAGUGGCCAACCAAUGGAAUCUGCACUCAAGAGAGUCCCUGGUCUACCAAGGAAAGUACAUGUACAUGCGGUUCUUCCCCACUUGGCAUUUCCUGUCACUGUUCAGGAAGACCCGCCCCGCUGUCUCGGUCAAAUUCAAUAAAGAGAUGACCUUCCUCAACGAGUGCGGCACCUACUUGCAAACAGAGUAUGCCAAACGGAAGAGUGUAAUCCCUGCAGACUAUGCAGUAUGGAGGAGGAAGAUAACCAUGUACGUCAAGAGCGAGUUUAUUAGACAAUGGCGGUCUUUGAACACAACUACCGGUAGCUUUGACGCCAGCGGGGGCACGCCUGUGGGUGUCGCCAAGGACGGCUACUACAUCGUGCAUUUGUCAAAGAUGCCGAGUAAUGACGAACUGCCCGAACUCCAAAGGGAGAUCAAUGCCGCCGUGACAAGAACUGCCGAGUUGUCAUGGGACAGCAUCUUGAAAACGAAGCCAGCGACAACAGAUCAGGGCGAGACAGCAACUCCAAUUGGGUAG